AUGCUAAGCUGUGGCCACAACUUCUGCCAGGCUUGUAUCCAAAACUUUUGGAAGCAGCAAGCAAAGGAAACAUUCUGUCCUGAGUGUAAGAUGCUAUGUCAAUAUAGCAACUGUACAUUCAACCUUGUGCUAGAGAAGCUGGUAGAGAAGAUUAAGAAGCUACCCUUACUCAAGGGCCAUCCACAGUGCCCAGAGCAUGGAGAGAACCUGAAACUAUUCAGUAAGCCAGAUGGGAAACUGAUCUGCUUUCAAUGCAAAGAUGCUCGGUUGUCUGUGGGGCAGUCUAAAGAUUUCCUGCAGAUCUCUGAUGCUGUCACUUUCUUCAUGGAGAGAUGUCCCUAUGGUCCUUCAUCUCCCAAGUUAGUGUGGAUUAAGUCUGUGUGGUAUUCCCAGGAGGAGCUCACCAUCCACCAGGGUCAACUGGAGACAACACUGAAGGAACUUCAGUCUCUGAAGAAUAUGCAGAAAGAUGCAAUUGCUGCUUACAAGGAAAACAAGCUACAUCUGCAGCAACACAUCUCCUUGGAGUUUCUAAAGCUACAUCAGUUCCUGCACAGCAAAGAAAAGAACAUUUUAAAUGAGCUCCGAGAAGAGGGGAAAGCCUUGAACGAGGAUAUGGAGCUGAAUCUGAACCAGCUUCAGGAACAGUGUCUCCUAGCCAAGGAGAUGUUGGUGAGCAUCCAGGCACGGAUGGAACAGCAGGAUCCCUUCAACUUCCUCAAAGAUAUCACAUCUCUCUUGGAUAGCUUGGAACAAGGAACAAAGGUGCUGAUACCCAGAGAGCUUAUCUCCAGAAAGUUGAACCCAGGCCUGUACAAAGGUCCCAUCCAGUACAUGAUGUGGAGGGAAAUGCAAUCCUCUCUCUCUCCAGGCCUAUCUCCAUUAACUCUGGACCCUAAAACAGCUCACCCAAAUCUGAUGCUCUCCAAAAAUCAAACCAGUGUGUGGCAUGGUGACAUUAAGCAGGUAAUGCCUGAUGAUCCAGAGAGGUUUGACUCAAGUGUGGCUGUGCUGGGCUCAAAAGGCUUCACAUCUGGGAAGUGGUACUGGGAAGUGGAUGUGUCAAAGAAGACAAAGUGGACAGUUGGAGUCGUCAGAGAAUCCAUCAUUCGGAAGGGCAGCUGUCCUCUAACUCCUGAGCAAGGAUUCUGGCUUUUAAGACUAAGGAACCAAACUGAUCUAAAGGCUCUAGAUUUGCCUUCAUGCAGUCUGAAACUGACUAACAACCUCAACAAGGUGGGAAUAUACCUGGAUUAUGAAGGAGGACAGGUGUCCUUCUACAAUGCUAAAACCAUGACCCACAUUUACACCUUCAGUAGCACUUUCAUGGAGAAACUUUAUCCCUACUUCUGUCCUUGCCUUAAUGAUGGUGGAGAGAAUAAAGAACCAUUGCAUAUCUUACAUCCACAGUAA